CUUGGAGACUCUAACUUUCCUUCAGUGCUGAGGCAGUUACUGCCCCUGAUGAAGCCCCGGGACAGCUCAUCCUCUGGUUCAAGUUGCAUGGAAGAUGAGUGCGGGCCAGAUGAGCUGAUCCUCCUGCUGAUCUAUUUGUACUCUCUGGCCAAUGAGGCUCAGCCCACGGACCAGGAUGCAGAAGUGGAGAAGGAGGAGCUGGAGAAGCUGGAGCAAGAGCUGAUUGGAGCACUCACCCUGGUCAUCAUGCAGGAGAUGGAACUUAGCCCUUUGUUCCAACAACUCACAGGUUCAAAUGCAGAGGAGCUGACCACAGAGAAGGCCCAUUCUGCAGUGGAGGGGAUGUUCAGGACCCUCAGAGGUUUGAGCAACACCAGAGACCACCUCAAGCAGCUGCGCCACAUCUACACUGCAAGCGAUGGAGUCCAUCAGGCUACCUAUUGUCCAUUUCUGCGGCAGAUCUUACAGGAAGUUUUCCACCCGGACCGACCCGAAUGUCCUGACAUUGAGUACAUGUCUGGAGGCCUCACAAACCUGCUGAAGACUGGAUUCAGCAUGUUCAUGAAGGUGAGCCGUCCACAUCCUGGCAACAACCCACUGGUCUUUCUCUUUCUAGUUGGUGGAGUCACACCUUCAGAAAUUCGUCUCAUCAAAGACACAGUUGCCACCUACAAACCUGGUACCCAAGUGCUGGUCCUCUCCACCAGGUUACUAAGACCCACAGAUAUCCCCGAGCUGCUCUUCGCCACCCAAAGACUGGUGCCUGAUGUCGGUUUCUAA